AUGGACGCCAAGUCAGAAGAAGCCUUGCCCAGCAGCUCCGACUUUGACGUAGUCAUCGUCGGAGCAGGCGUCUCUGGCAUCAACGCCGCAUACCGCGUGCAGAAUGACGCGCCGGCGAGCACUUCCUACGUGAUCCUGGAGAGUCGCGACGCCAUCGGCGGGACGUGGGAUCUCUGGCGAUACCCAGGCAUCAGGUCCGACUCGGACGUCUUCACUUUCAGCUUUGGCUGGAAUCCCUGGCCGGGCAAGGAGUCGAUGGCCUCGGGGGGAAAGAUCAAGCAGUACAUGGUUGAGUCUGCGCAGCAGGCCGGCAUCGCCAAGCACAUUCGCCACGGCCACAAGGUCGUCUCGGCGAACUGGAACGCCGACGAGAAACGCUGGGAGGUCACGGCUCAGCAGCAAGGCGACGACGAGGACAUGGAUCAAGACGGCAGAGCGAAGCGGCCGCAACUCUUCCGGAGUCGGUUUCUGUUCCUCGGCACGGGGUACUACGACUACAAGGAGCCGUUUCCCUCCGCCAUCCCCGGCAUGGACAACUUCCGCGGCAAACUCAUCAACCCGAUGUACUGGCCCCAAGACUACGACUACACCGACAAGGAAAUGGUCAUUAUCGGCAGCGGCGCGACGGCCGUUUCCAUCGUGCCCGCCGUCGCCAACAGAGUCAAGCACGUCACCAUGCUCCAGCGCAGCCCGGGUUGGUACUUCAGUCUGAACCAGUACGGCAGAAUCGCCCGCCUGCUCGCCGUCAUCUUCCCCGGUAGAAUGGCGCGCCGGCUGAACCGAUACCGCUGGAUGGUUCAGACUCAGUUCCUGCUGUUUCUGUGCAGAAACAUGCCCACCGUCGCGGGGGCCUUGCUGCGCCUCUUCACUUCACUUCAGCUCCCCAAGGGCGCCGACUGGAACAGGGACUUCCAGCCGCGAUACCGGCCGUGGGACCAGAGAUUGUGCAUCGUCAGGGACGGGGAUUUCUUCUCCGCGCUCAGGUCGCGGCAGGCGAGUGUUGUGACGGACCACGUCGACACCGUCACCGAGGACGGCAUCGUUUUGCAGUCGGGCCAAGUAUUAAAGGCCCAUGUCAUUGUUGCCGCGACGGGCAUCCAGCUCAAGUUUGGCGGCGGCAUCCAGUUCUCCGUCAACAACCUCCCCGUCGACCUGGCCGACAGGUUCGCCUGGAAACAGUGCAUGCUCCAGGACGUGCCGAACCUCGUCUUCUCGUUUGGAUAUGCCGAGAACUCGUGGACCCUGGGGGCCGACUGCGCCGCCACCGUCAUGGUCCGGGUGAUGAAGGAGCUGCAGCGGCAGAGGUUGACUUGUGCCGCGCCGCGGAUGGACGCGUCCGAGGCCAAGACGAUGGAGCCCAGGCCGCUGUGGAGGCUGACGUCGACAUAUCUCAGGAACAUGAAGAGCGUGUUUCCCAAGGGAGGGACGGGGCAGUGGCGGCCUAGGAGGUACUACUUUUCCGAUGCUUGGGCCGCGAGCUGGGGAGGCAUGAAGGGGCUGGUGAUGGAGUAG